CAGCGCCUGAAGUUAUGUUUCUCGGUGAGGUUUAGUUGUUUUCCUAGCAAGCUGCCAAAGUUGUCAGUUACAUGCAGUUCGUGAAACUGUGCGUGCACGAUGUGGAAAGCGGUUCCUCCAAUUUUAAUCCUCACAGUAGGAAUAGCUCAUUAUCUCAAAUACCAACAACCAGUACCAGAAGCACCAAAACUUCCAGAAACAUUCUGGGGACCAAAGGAAAAAGUCGAAAAAGAGGAUACGAGUAUAAGAGAAUUUAAAAUCGACAUUUCACAAAAGAUAAUAGACGACCUUCAUGAACGAUUGGACAAAUAUUUUAAUACUGCCAAUCUGAGACCUAAAAUUUUACCCCUAGAAGAUUCUGAAUGGACCUAUGGAGUUAAUUUUCAAUAUAUUCAAAAUGUACUUCAUUACUGGAGGGACAAUUACAAUUGGAAAAAGAGACAAGAAUUACUCAAUAAAUAUACUCAAUUCAAAACCAACAUUCAAGGAUUGGAUAUUCACUUUUAUCGAGUGAAACCGACAUUGCCAAAGAAUAAAAAAAUUAGAGUUUUACCUCUGCUUAUGGUCCAUGGAUGGCCUGGAUCAGUAGUUGAAUUCCAAAAGAUUAUUCCAAUGUUGACAACUCCUCAAGCUGAUAAAGAUUUCGUUUUCGAAAUAAUUGCACCUUCUAUACCGGGUUAUGGAUUUUCUGAUCCAGCAGUUCGUCCUGGACUUGGAGUCGCACAGAUUGCAGUAGUAUUUAAAAAUCUAAUGUCACGAUUGGGUUAUGAUAAAUUCUACACACAAGGUGGAGAUUGGGGAAGUUUAAUCACUUCCUACCUUGCAACUCUUUAUCCCGAAAAAGUAAUUGGAGUUCACUUGAAUAUGUGCGCCGUUAUAAGUUCGCCAUCGACAUUAUUUUGGACCCUUGUUGGAUCAUAUCUUCCUUCGGUCGUCGUUGAUAAGGAACAUGCCACUAGAAUGUAUCCCUUAAGUCACCAUUACAGCAGAGUGUUAGAGGAAACUGGAUAUUUACACAUUCAGGCGACAAAACCCGAUACUAUUGGCUCAGCAUUGUCAGAUACUCCAGCUGGUUUGGCAGUUUAUAUUUUAGAAAAAUUCAGCACCUGGACUAAUCCGGAGUAUAGAUUCCGAGCCGAUGGUGGUUUACUGGAAAAAUACAAUAUGGAUGAGUUGUUGGAUAAUUUAAUGUUAUACUGGGUUACAAAUUCAAUAACAACUAGUCAGAGACUUUAUGCUGAAAAUUUCAGUAAAUCUCACAUGGCAUUAAAAAUCGAAAGUGUGCCACUACAUAAACCCGUUGCCUGUGCAAUUUUCCCACAUGAACUAUUUUAUCAAUCUCAAUCACUUCUUCAAUCGAGAUAUACGAAUAUAAUACAAUUCAAUCAUUUGUCACGUGGUGGUCAUUAUGCUGCUAUGGAGGAACCACAACUUCUUGCCAAUGAUGUCUAUUCUUUUGUGGAGAAAGUCGAAAAAAUGCUGAAAGAAGAAAACUUGUCAAAAUCCAAAAAGGAGAAAGAAGAAGAGAAAAAAAAGAAUAGAAGAUAUGUUUAAAAACUUUAAAUGAGUUUUAGAAAAAGAGCUGUGAAUUUUUUUUAUUACCGUUUAUCUUAUAUAUUAUAUUAUUCCAGACUGUCAAAUUUCCGGGAUUUUGUUGUUUAAUUUUCUAAAUAAAUAUCGAAUAUUUCUAUAAAAA